GUACAUUUCCAUAUCCUUCUCCGAUCUAUCUUCACUUUAUUCUCUGCUUCUUCCGAAAUUCAAUGUCCUCCACCUCCGCGGAACUGAUCGCCGGCAACGACGACCUCUUGGCCGAGAUCAUCGGCCGGACGCCGUUGAAGUCUCUGAUACGAUUCAAAUGCGUAUCCAAACACUGGUCCUCUCUCGUCUCCGCCCGCCAUUUCGCCAUCCUUCACACGCUCCGCCACCCCAACACCAAGCCCUCCGGUCUUCUCCUCCGCCACAAGGCUUCCCUCAGCCCGGCGGCCGCCACAGGCACGGAGGCGGAUUCCGACUUCCAGCUCGUCCCGCUUGAUACUACUUCUGUCUCUGGCAGCGACCCGCCGCCUCUCCGAUCUUUCAGUUUCAUCUCCGCCCACCCAUCCGGUUCGGGCCUCAAGAUUCUACAGUCUUGCAACGGUUUGUUGCUCUGCUGCAGCUUCCCGUUUACUCUGGAAAGCAGACGCCUCUAUUACGUUGUCAAUCCCACCACGAACCAGUACGCCGAGCUUUACUCGCCACCGGAAGACGGCGCGUCCACCACUUUUCUGGGAGUCAACUUGGCUUUCGAUCCUUCAAAAUCGCAUCACUACAAAGUCGUUUGCAUGCAAAUCACGCUCCGGUCGCUGUACAAUUACCGGAUUUGGAUUUACUCCUCGGAGACUCGCCGUUGGAGAAUCUCUUCCGACAGCUUCACAUCGCCGUUCGAUAUGGUCUUCACCGAAGGCGUAUUCUGGAACGGAUCCAUCCACUGGAUCAAUUCCAGUGGCGCUUCGCUGCGUUUCGACGUUGAUCAGGAAAGCUUCGGCAAAAUGCCCGAAAUCCCAUUUCUCCAAAGCGAAUCCCGUCGGAGAAGGAGCCGGUAUUUCGGCGCGUCUAAUGGCCAUUUACAUCUUAUAGAAGUUGAAGGUCAGCAGAAAACGCAGUUUCAGGUUUUUGAGAUGAAAGGGGAUUAUUCUCAGUGGUUUGUGAAAUACAACGUUAAUCUCGCCGACGCUGUGGCUGCCUUCCCUGAAAUGGUCCGAAGUUACCUGGAUCCUCGCGAUGGGUGUUAUUAUUCAUUCUCAAUAAUUGGUGUUGUUCAUGACGAGAACGAAGACGAAUCAUCGAUAGUUUUGAGUAUACCCGGGAAGAUAAUUUCAUACAAGUUUGAAGACAACACUAUGAAGGAGCUUCUGCAUUGUGUUGCAGAGAAGACCGACAAGAGAUGUUUGCUGCAGUUUGGAUGUCCUGAUAUCUACCAGUACAUAGAGACUCUCGUUCCUGUUUGGUGAUUAUUAUUAUUUUUAUUAUUAUUUUAUUUGUAAUUAACUGUCAAUUUCUUGGCGCAUAUUUAUAUAUAUAUAUAUAUGUCUUCCAUUCGCUU